AAAAUAAAUAAAUAAAUAAAACGCAAAAUGCAAUACAAAAACGGAAAAAAAGAAAAGAAAAAGAAAAAAAGAUGAGAGAGCGGCCGGGAGUUUUAAGUGCGUGUUUUCUCCAGUGAAGGCUAAGACAAUGGCGGAGCUGGUUAAGGACAAGGAAUCGAUAGCCGCGUCCAACAGUGAGGGUGAGGUUGAACACUCGCGCACCUUCGUUGACGCUCGAACUGAACAAGAACUCCUACAUGGAAUCAGGAAGGAAGUAGAAGCAGGGAGGUUACCUCCAAAUGUUGCAGCAGGGAUGGAAGUAUUAUAUCAGAAUUAUAGAAAUGCGGUUUUCCAAAGUGGAGACCCUAGGGCAGAUGAGACUGUGUUGUCAAAUAUGGCUGUUGCACUUGACCGUGUACUUUUGGAUGUGGAGGCUCCUUAUGAUUUUGCUCCCUAUCACAAAGCAUUGCGAGAGCCAUUUGACUACUACAUGUUUGGUCAAAACUACAUCCGUCCUUUGAUUGAUUUCACAAAUUCAUAUGUAGGGAAUGUGCCUAUAUUCUAUGAAAUUGAAGAGAAGCUUAAGCAGGGUCACAAUGUUGUAUUGAUAUCAAACCAUCAAAGUGAAGCUGACCCAGCUGUUAUUGCUUUGUCGCUUGAAAGGACAAAUCCACAUAUUGCAGAGAAUAUGACAUAUGUAGCUGGGGAUAGAGUCCUAACAGAUCCUCUUUGCAAGCCCUUUAGCAUGGGAAGGAAUUUAAUUUGUGUGUACUCGAAAAAACACAUGGAUGAUGUUCCUGACCUUGCUGAGAUGAAGAGAAAAGCAAACACACGAAGUUUGAAAGAGAUGGCUUUGCUUUUAAGGGGUGGUUCACAGAUGAUAUGGAUUGCACCAAGUGGUGGCAGGGACCGGCCAGAUACUCAUACAGGAGAAUGGAAUCCAGCACCCUUUGAUUCUUCUGCAGUGGACAAUAUUAGGAGGCUUGCAGAGCAUUCUGGUCCGCCCGUGCAUGUUUACCCCUUGGCUUUAUUAUGCCAUGACAUUAUGCCCCCUCCACCUCGGGUGGAAAAAGAAAUUGGAGAGAAAAGAGUUGUCUCCUUCCAUGGAACAGGAUUGUCGGUAGCACCAGAAAUCAGCAUUCGUGAAGUUGGUGCUACUUAUAAAAAUUCUGAAGAGGUUUGUCACCACUAUGAACAUAGCAAGCUAUUGGACAUGUCACAUCGAAUCAGUAGAUUGAGUUUGCUGUAUAUUGGAUUUCCAGAAGACAAGAGUCACAUACUUGUUUGUCCUGUUACAAUCUUCCUUAUUCUGUUUAUUUUCCGCAUCGGGGGAAAAAAAAAAAAAGGAACUUUUCUGAGCUUAGCACUUGAGUUUCAGCUUGAUUGGUCAAACCUGUAAGAUAGGUUUUCCGGUCCCAAAAUUUAUCCUGUGGCUUAGCCCUCCUACACCUAUCUCAUCAAAAUUCUUCAUACUUUUCCCUGCAGUCAAAUUUGGUCAUUUUCCAAGUAGUUUAUCAUCCAAUUUGACUAGAGAAAUUCUGGCAGUCCUUAAUUUGUUCCCUUUCUAAUUGUGAAGCAUCCACCAAUUGCCAUGUCUUGAUGAUAAUUUUGAACUCUAGCAAAGUGGCGUAUGUAUGUAUGUGUUGUGGACUUUGAUUUUGGCUUCUCCUUUUUGGCAGGCUAAGGAGGCAUACAGUCUAGCGCUGUAUGAUUCUGUUAUUGAGCAAUACAACGUGCUGAAAUCUGCUAUACAUGGGAAAAAGGGACUAGGGGCAUCAACAUCCAGUGUCUCUUUAUCCCAACCAUGGAAUUAGUCCACCUUCUGUCCCUUUUGCACCUUUUUUCACUUCCAUAGUAGGCUAAUUUUUUGUUUCUGCAUAAAGUUGUGACUCCUCAAUAAGGAGCCCACUGAUUCAUCAAUAGAAGAACUCUACGGAAGGUCUGCCAUCCUAUGGUUCUUUUUCUGUGUAUACACCAUCAACUGUUCUGUUUCAGGUUUGUACUAUACAGAUCUUUUUUCCUUGGAAGACUUGUGACAAUAGUCUGUAGGCAGCUUGCAUGUAUAUCUACUCAAAUUCAAUGUAAUCACAUCAUAUUUUCAAGCUAAUUCAUUAACUGCUAUUCAUCCUCCUUUAAUGAUGUAAUAGCCCAUCGACCUGUAGACUGUCAGGAGCAGCGCUGUUGUAGCAAUUUUAUGCUCUGUGAAAAAAAAGAACAGUUCGGUUGGCUGAAAAACUGAAACGCUCGGUAUCACUGAUAAGAAUAUUAACUUUUUGGCAGUUCCAAUAUUUCUAAUUUAAACCGUCUACGUGUUCCUGUGCUGAUUUGAAGUUACCGACAAUGGCUAGACUUCCUGAAACUGCUUGGUUCUCAUUUUUGUUUCAUGGACUAGCUUCAUUUAUGCUAUUAGUGUUAUCAUUGUGAUGCUUUCGCUUUCGCUUUCGCCUCCGCUUUUUGACUCUUUUAAGUUUUUAUCAAUGCCUUUGAUGGAUAAGUAUGUGUUUCUUAAAAGAAUAUUUAACACCUUCACUUUAAGCUGAUUAGUGAUUCGCAUAAAAUUAUAAUGCGAAA